AUGGUGUCAAGUAUCGGCGGGAGGAAAGGGUCCGCCCCAAAUACUCAAUCGGAGACUGAAUCACUCCUCCCAACCGCAUCCCCUCCACCGCCACUAGCCCCCCACCAGCACCUCCCCAAUGGCAUAACCCUACGCCUAUACCUCUCCCACUUCCUCUCAACCUGGAACUCCCGAGUCUUUGAAUUCGGCGCACUCCUGUUCAUCGCGAACUUGUACCCGAACACGCUCCUGCCGGGCUCGCUGUACGCGCUGGUGCGCGGCGUCUCGGCGGUGCUGGGCUCACCGCGAGUGGGGCGAUAUGUGGACUCUGGGGAUCGGUUGCGGGUGGUUAGGGUUUCGAUCGUUGCACAGAGGAUUGCGGUGGUGCUUUCUUGCGGGGGUUUGCUGGUGGUUAGGGGUGGGGUUGGAGGGUUUGUUUGGGGUGCAGUGGUGAUGGGGUUUUUGGCGGUGUUGGCGUGCUGUGAGAAGUUAGCUUCUGUGGGGAAUCUUAUCGCUGUUGAGAGGGAUUGGGUUUGUUUGAUUUUCCCUUUCUGAUCCCUCUUGUAGUGAUGGCGGUGGUGGGGUGUGCUGAGUUGGGGUUUUGCUGGUGUUUAUAGGUUGUUGUAGUUGCUGGGGGUAAUGAGGAUGCACUUCAAGGUAUCAUAUUUGCUUGGCUGUUUGCUUUCUGGCGGGGUGCGGUGUUGCUAAUCUAAAGAGUAUGUAUAGUCUUGAAUUCCCAAAUGCGCAGGAUUGACCUGUUCUGCAAGUUGCUUGGCCCAUUGGCGGUUUCAAUGGCCGAUGGGAUAUCCACUGUCGUGGCGAUAUAUGUCGUCCUGGGAUUGAAUUUGGUGUCCGUUGGCGUGGAGUACUUUGCCAUUGCCGGUGUCAGUUUAAUGCUCGAAGUAUACUACUUAAUUUUGUAUUUAACUAAUAACAUGGCAGGUAUACCGCAAGUUCCCGGCCCUUCAGGAACCCAGGCCACACCAACCUUCCACCUCCGCGUCCUCCCCGGAGGAGCCAGUCGAAACGCUAUUGCGGCCGUGCUCACGGCUCCGCAGUAUAUGCGCUCCCAUAUCAAGAUACCUCCACCACUCUGCUGCCCUCCCGUCCAUCGCUUUGUCAAUCUUGUACUUCACUGUCCUAAACUUCGGUGCGCAGAUGGUAACCUACCUGCUAGCUUCUGGCUACACCCCACUGCACAUUAGUAGUCUCCGCGGCAUUUCAGUCCUCUUGGAGAUCUCCGCGACCUGGCUCGCGCCUCUGGUAAUGUCACGGGUAGGCCCCGUCCGCGGUGGCCUCUGGUCCGUGAACUGGCAACUCCUAUGUGUCGCCGGCGCCGUCGGCGCAUUCCUAUUCUUGGAGAGCCCAAGGAUGGCAGCCGGCGGGUUGAUUCUCGGGGUCAUACUGAGUAGAAUCGGACUCUGGGGGCUCGAUCUAUGUGUGCAGAUUAUUGUCCAGGAUGUUUGGUUUCCCCUCCUCUUCCUUUGUAUCGCUGUUGAGCGGCCGCUGAUAAUUAGGGGAAACGAAAAUAGGAAGUGGAGCCAGAAUAUCGAGGAUCCUUCUCCGCCAUGGAAGCCUCUGUGCAGAAUACCUUUGAGCUGGGAUCGUACGCGAUGACGGUGAUGCUUCCUAGGCCGGCGGAGUUUAGGUAUCCGGUUGUCGUGAGUGCCGUGGCGGUAGUUCUCGCUGCGGCAUUGUUUGCCGGCUUCGUGAGGAGGAGGAGAGGCCAUCUUGUACAUACCCCCGCGUGCUUUGGCAGGGUGGAGCCUAAGCAUAGGGUGGGGGGGGAGCAUCGGAGGUUGGUGAGCUGAGUGAGAGAUCAGGGAAUGUCCUUGGCGGAAGUGAGGAUAUAAUUGGGUGCCUGGUCUAGAAAUCGCCGCUGCGUGGCUUUGAACAAUGCAUGAGUGUAAAUUGGCGGGUAGCUAGUUGUGUGCCAGGGGGGUUAACCGAGAUUGGAGAUGUAGUAAAUAUGGAAUGCUUUAUGGUGC